AUGAACUCAGCCACUACUUCCUCCUCACAAGCGCCCGGCGCUGCCUCCAGCAGCAGGACUUCUGCUGGAGAAGCUGAACCACCAGAAGCAUCGACAUCAUCUGCCACUUCUUCCAAAUCGACCGAGUCCACCGCAUCUACGUCCACCGCUACUGCCAGCAGUUCGUCCAUUCCAGCCUUGGACUCACCUUCUCGACUUGGAUCCAGCUUCUGGUCUUCAUGGAUCUCACCUUCCUCAUCUUCCGCUGUAGCUGCAUCCUCAGCCAUGGAGAAGCGUACAAAACCUCGCCGACCCUCCUUUGAGGAGUUUCGUGCUGAGGAACCACCACAAGCUCGCCUUAUUCGUCUUCGUGGCCUCUUCGACACCUUGCUAGAUGAAGAUGACGAGCAGGCUUUGGCGGGUGGUCGAGCCAGGGAAGAAUGGAUGAAGUCGGCUCGUCGUGCUCGCUUCGGUGCCGGUGGUAGUUUGGCUCGAGGCAGCUUGGCUCCCUCAGAUAUUCGCAACUCCACCGUCGGCUUCGAAGCUUGCACAAUGUCACAAUUAUCGAACAUCGCAAGCUCGUCUUCCGCUUCAGACACCUCAUCACCAUCAUCAUCACCAUCCUCACCAUCUUCAAAGAAAGAUCCACAACUUCCUGCACCACCACCGCCGCCACGACAAUCAUAUGCCAAAGAGCUACUCAACCAGUGUCGGAAAUGCCGCGAAGAGAUCGAAGCGAAACGUGCUCGACUUGCUGAAGAGCAAGCCAAACGCGAUGCCAAUCCCGGCUGGACCUCAUCUCUGGGCCUGCCCACCUGGCUUGGAGGUGAAAAGGCCGAAGCUGUCAAAGAAAAUGUCGCAGAGUCCUCAAAGGGCACCCUCACCGUAGUAAAAGACAAGAUCCUCCCUCAAGCACUAAUCGGCAUCAGCACCACCGCCAAAGAGGGGGCAGAGACAGCUUCAGCCUCGGCAUCAUCUUCAUCUUACCUUGGCUCUAUCGGAUCGUACCUUGGCUACAGCAAGAACUCAGAUACAGAAGCACUCGAACAUGGCCACAACCCUCCGGAUAUGGAACACGAAGCAGGAUGGACCGGCAGUGGAGUCUGGGGUCUUUCGGCCGUUGGACAUAAAAAACGUGCUGCCGACCGUGACCGUGACGAAAAGGUCCGCAAGGGUCACAAAGUCGACGAUGAUGGUGGUGCAAGACAACGUCAAAUCGAAUGGGAAGGAUUCUUGGCAUAUGCGGAGAACAAAGAACGCGAACUCUACAAGAUCUUUGUUGAGAUGGACAAGAAUGGCGACAUGCGUCUGGACGUUCAAGAGAUCCGUACUGCUCUCGAUCGAGCUGGUAUCGAUGUUCCUCAGAUCUCGCUCGAUGAUUUCGUCGCGAGUUUGACCAGCACUCGUACAUCGGCUCAUGCUAGUGGCAGAAAGACUUACGUCACCUUCCCGGAGUUCAGGGACUAUCUUUUGCUGUUACCACGCAAGCCAUCUGUACCCGAAAUCUUCCGAUUCUACCAAGUGCGCAAGGCGUUCGGGUUGUUCGGUAUGGGAGGCAUCUUUGCAGAACUAGCUGUGGGUUGGGGAAAGACAGAAAGGGGUGCAACGGCAGUCAACUUUGAUGGAGAUGUUAGUUUGGCUGGCGAAGAGAAGAAGCGUGAAUCGCCCACCGUCAAGGAAGCGAAGCGAGUGGAGAAGCUCAAGAAAGGUCAAGAAGCUGCAGCAGCUGCUGCUACACAGGCUGUGGAAGAGAAAGCGGACGCUAUCGAUAGCUCGUCCCCCACCACAUCGAUCAGCAGUGGGGACGUGAGUGAAGCAAAGCAAAAAGCCGCUUCGGAUGCAGCUGCAGCUGCGACAACAGCACAAGUAGAAGAGGAAGAGGACGAGGACAACGACAUGAUCCAUGGUGCUGUGGCGCUCAAGUUUCUCGUUGCAGGUGGUAUUGCAGGAGCAGUAUCACGUACAGCCACUGCACCUUUCGAUCGACUGAAGAUUUAUCUCAUCACCACUGCUCGUGCGCCUGAUGUUGCUGAAGCCGCGAAAGCUGCUGCUUCAGGUCAAUCGGGUGCUACAUCCAAAGCAGCAGGUCAAGGCAUAGGCAUCCUUCGAGAAGCCCUUUCCAGUCUCUACCGUGACGGGGGAGGAUUGAGGGCAUUUUGGGUCGGAAACGGCUUGAACUGUCUCAAGAUCUUCCCUGAGAGCGCUAUCAAGUUUUUGUCCUACGAAACAGCGAAACGCGCCUUUGCGAAGUAUGUGGAUAAUGUUUCGGACUCGAGGGACAUUUCGGGUACUUCGAGGUUUCUCUCGGGUGGAUUUGGUGGUAUUACUUCCCAACUUGCCAUCUAUCCGGUCGAGACGCUCAAGACGAGAUUAAUGUCGAGUCAAAACGUCAAGACUUCUCUGCAGGGCAACGCUCUCCUAGCCAAGACAGCGAAGGACAUGUGGAACGCAGGUAAGUUGCGAACGUACUAUAGAGGUUUGACAGCCGGUUUGAUCGGCGUCUUUCCCUACUCUGCGAUCGACAUGUCCACGUUUGAAGGUAUAAAGUUGUUCUAUAUCAAGUAUACAGGAAAGGAGGAACCAGGAGUACUGGCGCUGUUGUCCUUCGGUUCAGUGUCUGGAAGUGUUGGUGCUACAACAGUCUAUCCGCUCAAUUUGAUCAGGACAAGAUUGCAAGCUGCCGGAACACCAGCUCACCCAACGACGUAUGAUGGGUUCUGGGAUGCAGCGAAAAAGACUUAUGUCAGAGAAGGUCUCGUUGGAUUUUAUAGAGGUCUCGUGCCCACGCUGGCGAAGGUUGUACCGGCUGUUAGCAUUAGUUAUGUGGUUUAUGAACAGAGUAAGAAGCGGUUAGGUGUCCAGUAA